UCUGACAGAGCCGUCACAACUCCUGGCAUCCCUGAAAUGCAACAAAGGGUGGAAGUGGGGAGGGCACACUAGAGGUGUGGCCAGCUGGGGACAAGCCUCAGGGCACUUGGAUCAGCAAGGGUCAGGGGACUGGACUUGGGUUCACCACCAAGUCACCGCUGCGUCAGGCCUGGCUCCCACCAGGCAAGCCAAUGGGCCUCCCCUCCCCCCGCACACAGCCCUGAACUGAGGAAGUCAUCCAAGCCACACCCUAGCUCAGCGCCUGGAGCGGAAAUGUUUGUCCUUGUUGAGGCUGAUGGGGAGAAGAUAGAGCCCUGACGAGCUCCUUCCUGUGGGCCUGAUUCUUAGAUUCCUGAGAACCACCCCCGCAGCCUGAAGUUCUCUCCCCCACAUCCCAGGCCUCUGUGACUUGUUCACAAAUGGCCAGUGUCUGGCUGUUUCACAAGGGGAGUAAUGGACAUUGGCUCAAAAGCCCUAGGGUAGAAUGCCUUUCUUUUUUUUUUUGACAGGGUCUCACUAUGUCACCCAGGCUGGACUGCAGUGGCAUUGUCACAGCUCACUGAAACCUCAAACUCCUAGGCUCAAGCAAUCUCCCUGCCCCUCCCAUUGUCCCAGGACUACAAGUAUGAGCCAGCAAGCCCAGCCAGGAGGACACCUUUCUGUUCAGAGCCUCUCAUACCCCUGUGGCAUUAUGCCCCUGAGCUCCAAGCCUCUGUUGCUCCCCUCUCUGAGAUGACUCAGGGGCACCCCAUGCUCAGCACAUGCUCACAGUAGUAACACUCUCAGGUUAAGCCCUAGCUGGACUGCAGGGAGGGACCCUAGGAAGGAGGAGUACUUGCCCCAGCAACCCAUGGCAACCCCACAACACAGGCCCUUCCCUUCCCACUGCCAGGCCAGCUAGGCAAGGGCUGAGGAGCCAGCCGGGAGAGAGAUCGAAGGCCAAAGGUUGCAGAUGACUCAGCUGUUAGCCUUCUAAGCACCUAGGAACCCAGGCAGCCUCGGACUAUUUGAUACACUCGUUCCCAAAACACAGCCGGCAGGUCCAUGGCUGGCAGGCCUCUGCCCCCCGGACGCCAGGAGGAGGAGACUGCCAAAGACUCUGGGCCGAAACUACCACCAAUGCGUCCCCGAGGCCGCCUGCCCAGCAUUGAUGAGGUCCGACCCACAGGUCUGGGCCCGGCCUCCCGCCGUGGCUCCGUGCUGGGUCUGGCUGCCUCCUUCUCCCGCCGCAACUCGCUGGCCGGUCCAGGCGUGGGCCCAGGGGGUCGGCGACCAUCCCUGGGCCCUGUGCCCCCUCUAGCCUCGCGGGUCAGUUUCUCUGGGUUGCCCCUGGCGCCCGCCCGUCGGGUGGCGCCCUCGUAUUGCACGGAGCCGGCGCCUGCGGAGCGCUGGGAGGCUGUGCGCGCACAGCGUGCCCUGGAGGCGGCGCUAGCCGCGGAGCUGUGCGACACGUGCUACUCAGGCGCCGAGGCCGGUCGGCUGGCACGGGAGCUCUGCGAGCAGAUACACGUGCGCCUGCGCGAGCUCAGCCCGCCGCGCUACAAGCUGGUGUGCAGUGUGGUGCUGGGGCCGCGUGCCGGCCAGGGCGUGCAGGUGGUCAGCCGUGCCCUCUGGGACGCAGCGACAGACGGGCUGGCCUCGGCCACCUACACUAAUGCCUCGCUCUUCGCAGUGGCCACGGUCCAUGGGCUCUACUGUGAAUGAGCAGGCCUCCAAUUCUGCAAAACGGUUUAUUAACCCAGGAGGAGGUCCCCCUGGGGAUCACAUCCCAAUAAAUAAAUGUCUGACAAUAAA